AUGGGGCACGCGGGGUGUGGGGUGACCUUCCCAUCGGACCUGGAUGUUUUUGACUUCUGCACCCCUGAACUUAGGAAGGAGCUGGAGGGGCCGCGCGCCGCGCUCAAGGAUUGGGAGGACGAGCAGAUUGAGCUGAAGAAAAAGGCUCCCAAGCACCAGAAGCUCGACAACGGCAGCAAAGCCGCGGCCGGCGCCGCAGACGCCGAGAUGGCCGACGCCGCAGCCGGCCCCAGCACGAGUGGCGGCGGCAGCGGCGGCCCCCACCAGGGCCCCUUCACGGGGCGCUACCAGCUGUCGGCGGUGCUCACGCAUAAGGGCCGCAGCGCGGACUCUGGGCACUAUGUCGCGUGGGUGCGUCAGGCAGACGGCACGUGGGUGCUGUUUGAUGAUGACAAGAUCAUCCCCAAGACGCAGGAGGACGUGCUGGCGCUGUCGGGGGGCGGCGACUGGCACAUGGCAUACCUGCUGCUUUACAGCGCCGUGCGCGCCCCCGCGGCAGCGCCAGAGGCGGCAGGCGCGGCUGCGGCGGCGGCGGCGGACGCCUCGGGGGCGGCGGCGGGCGGCGGUGGGCCGGAGGCUGCAGAGGAGAAGGCGGCAGAGGCGCCGGCGCCAAUGGAGUCGUGA